UGGAGAGAAUUCAUCAAAGUCCCAACCAUGGCCUCGCCCGCCAGUGCCUCGGCGGUGACGGGAGUGCCAAGUCGCUCUUCUCCUCUGCUCUUCUGCGUUCCUCGUGCUGGCACUAACGAUGAACGGGACUGACUCGUACGCGAUGGCGAGCGCACAGUUCACCGUACCCGAUUACGCGGUGUUCGUGCUCAUGCUGGUGGUAUCUGUUGCCAUCGGAGUGCACAGUGCUGUCAGGGGCGGUGGCAGCUCUUCCACCCAACAGUAUCUGUUGGGAGGGCGGCGCAUGUCCCCCAUCCCCGUCGCCAUUUCCCUCCUUGGUGGCAUCAUUUCUGCAAUUUCCAUAUUAGGAAACGCAACGGAGAUGUAUUACUUUGGCACGCAGUUAUCUGUGAACCUGCUGGGCUGUGUGUUGGGCACCAUCAUCACUCAGUGGUUAAUUCUGCCACUCAUUUACCCACUACAAAUUGUAUCCAUCAAUGAGUACAUCGAGAGGCGAUUCAAGUCUUCCAAACUUAGGAAAAUGGCCACGUCUUGCCAGCUCUUACAGUACUCAAUUUAUAUGGGUAUCUGCCUGUACGCCCCUGCACUCACCCUGUCCACUGUCACUAGUCUUCCUACCUGGGCUUCCGUCGUCAGUAUGGGUGUUAUCUGCACCUUCUAUAUCACAAUUGGCGGCGUCAAAGCAGUGGUGUACACAGACGUGGUACAGACUCUGCUCAUGUUCUUUGGCGUGUUGGUGGUGGUGAUAAUAUGCUGUAUACGAUUAGGCGGCCUUGAUGAGGUGUGGACUAUAUCUGACCAGGGACACCGUAUUGAAUUCUUCAACCCGAGUCCCUUUGAGCGCCAUACCUUCUGGACAUCGAUAGCACAUGGAAUCUACCUCAUAGUCGCCUAUGUUGGCCUCAACCAGCAGACAUACCAGAGAUUUGCAUCCGUCGAGACCUUAACAAUAUCGCUAAGGUUGUGCACCUUCUUCCUGUUCGGACUAUGGGUCUUGUGGGUGCUGUUCUACUUCUCCGGCCUGGUCGCCUACGCCACCUACAGCACCUGCGACCCACUCACAGCCGGAAGCAUCGAGAAGCCCGACCAGAUCAUCCCUUAUCUCGUGGUUGAUAAGCUGGGGCACAUCAGGGGCCUCCCGGGCCUCUUUGUGGCUGCGGUGUACGGCGGCGUCCUCAGUUCCCUCUCGUCGACGGCCAAUUCGAUCGCAUGUGUGAUAUGGGAAGAUUUUUUAAAGCAUCGGGAAUACUUCAAAGGCAUAAGUGACCGCAGUGCCACUAACGUCAUUAAAAUGUUGUCUGUGGCGACGGGGCUGCUGGCCAUCGCGCUCGGACUGCUGGCGGGCAACCUGGGCUCGAUCUUCCAGAUGACCCAGACCGUCCUGGGCGCCAUCUCGGGCCCUCUCAUCGGCAUCUUCAUCUCCGGCAUAUGCGUGCCCUGGGCCAACGCCAAGGGAGCAGCAGUCGGGUUCAUUGCUUCGUUCCUUUCCUGUCUGACGCUGUUGGGCCUCAACACCACGGCAUUCGACUACGAGACUGACGUCACCACACCCUACUUGGAGCAUGACUUCACCACCAUCGAACCUGACAUGCAGGAAGAAUCCAAAAGCAUUUACGACAUCUCCUAUUGCUAUAAUGGAACGAUUGGCAUUCUUCUCACGGUCAUUAUCUGCAGCUUCGUCUCUCUCUGCACAGGCCCCAUGAAGCCCGACGAAAUAAACCACUUGGUGAGCCCGUCCGCCGCCUCGCUCUACCGCCGCUUCUGGAAGUACCGCGAAGGGAGGCAGUACACCGAGCGCGACAGGAAGGAUGAAGAUGAGGAUGUGGGGAUAUCGAUGGUUGUUAAGAGUUGAAGACGCACCCUCUUCCCUUUAUAGGAUCUCCUUGUAUUUUAUGUAGGCUGAGAUGAAGUGUUUGCGGGACUUUGGUGUGUACGAACAUCAUAACAUCAGUCAGCAAGAAACCGGUUCUGUGCAGUUCCAGUUAUUGCAGCAACAACCACCUAAUCUAUAAGUCUACAUAG